AUGCUCACGGCAACUCGUGGCACAAAAUCUCCUCCAGCCGUGUCAUUUCUAAGUCAAAAAUGUUAUUUGAUUUCAAUUGUGGACAAGUCAUCAUUCCACGCUGUCAAGAUCCUUGAAUAUAAAAUAUUAUUUUGCCAAAAAUUGGAGGGGAACACGCAGCCCUCGGGAAUAAUUCGUCGCUCAAACGAUGGGUAA